UCAAACAUUUAUAUCAAUGAAUUUGACAAUUCUACACGUCGGUGCUUUUAUUUAACGCUUUACACAUUUUUUACAUAUUUUAUACAUAUUCAGUGCAUUUUAAAUAACAAUGGACUUUCUGGUUGCGAAGCAUAACAUUUUCCAGAAUCCAAAAAAUCUGCCUCUGAAUGAGCUCUACCUCACAAUCAAAGACGUGAGAACGCCGCGUGCUCACAAUGAAGCCUUGAUAAAUUGUCCCAGCAAGAGAUAUCCUGCCUUAGAUAACAUAUUUAUUGAUGAACGGACAUUCCCAUUAUACCAAGAGUACUUCACAUUUACGGAAAAUGUUGAAGAUAAUGUAGAGCAAUUUAGGUACAAAGGUUUAAAGUACAUUGAGAGUUUAGACUUUCUACUGCAAUUGAAUUACCAUCAGUUUUGGUGUUAUAUCACCAAAAAUCCAAGCACAGUGAGAAUGCUGAAGAGUUACCUCUGUAGUUUCACACCGGCUGUAGAGAUUGUCAAAAUGGAUGAGAGGUGCUCAGAUGUAGCCAACAGAAUUCACCAAAAAGUGCAAAUAAUUUUAUGCAGAGUGUUAACUUUCAAACACUCUGAUUGUGAAUACAUGACGCCAGAGAAAGUCCUGCAAUUAUUAGAAGAGUGUCUAUUGUUCUCAUUUCCUAUUGUCGUAAAUAUUUACGUGGCGUUUGGUAAAACAUGUCCGAAACUGGUGCACGACCUUGCCAAGUUGUAUUUUACCGAAGAACGGAAGGAAAAAUGGGACCGUCCAUCGGAACAGUUCCUAGAAUACACUUUACUUGUAUUCGAAAUGAUUGGUGGCAACAUCUGCGGUUUUGACUCCGCCGCCAUCCAGAUUCCAAUUGGAGUGCCCCCGAAACCAGCACAUUUCGAUCCUGGAUGGUACGAAGACGUGUUAACUUUCUUCCUGGAAAGUUUAAUGGCAUUAUCUGCAAUGAUAACGCAGUGUAUGCCUAUGAAUGAAAGGGCGAUCCGUUUAGGCAUUCCGUAUCGCCUGACUUACUUCUAUAACGAAGUAUUUCCGUACAUUUACAAGGUCAUGGGCUACAAGCGCGAUUCAAUACAUAAUUUCGCUGAGGCCAAGUCACGCGUCUAUGACACCGUCGCAAUGGCGCGGCAGGAAUGCGUUGAGUGCUUCAGCAGGAUUAUUGAGAAUCUAAUUGCUGGACUGUCGAACAGCACACUACAUGAAGAGAAGGAAAUGUAUGUGGAGGAAUACUUGAAGCUGAUCACAGCCGCGCUGGACGACGAGUUGUUCAUCUUUGACUUUCAUAAUACCAACGACAUUUCCGAGCAGUUCGAGGUGAUUUCACAAUUCUUUCCACAGUUGGAUACAAUGCAGACAAAAUACAUCACGGAUUAUAUAGAAGGCUUCCCGAAGUUAAAAGAAAUCAUCAUGAAGAGAGAAUGUGCGGAUAGACGAGCAGCACGCGAGGGAAGCACCGAAGCCGGUCCGUCAAACGCGUCGGCAUCCGAGAACUUUUUCCAAGUCGACCCGGAACGGACCGAAGUGGUUUUGACAGAAAACGAAAUCGACGAGCGAAUUUCAAUUGUUGCCGACACACUGCCCGACCUAGGCGACGCAUUCAUUCUCGAGUGUCUCCAUGUUUGCGACUACGAUCCUGUCAUGGCAAUAAUGAUGAUUCUCGACGAGGAACUGCCACCACAUCUAGUCGAAAUGCCACGCGAUUCGAUUCGUAUUCCAGCCGAAACGCCUCCAUCCCAGGGCAAACAACCCGUAAUGGCGUACACCGGUAAGAAACCGAGCGCGGCCGAUGCCAAAGAAUUACUGGAUGAUAAAUCCGAUCGCGAGCUCAAGGAUAUCAUCCUCAAGUCGGCCAUUGCUCAGGAUCAAUACGACGAUGAUUUUGAUGAUCGCGAGGAGUAUUCGCCGGCUGUGCUGCUCGACAGUGAUUCAUCCACGAGUGACGAUGAUGAAGCCUCAGGCGGGAGUGCGGCUAAUGUCGCUGGCGGAAACGCAGCGUCCGGCGGUGAUGCAUUUCGGCCAUUUUGUGAGGAUCCGGCGAAGCUGCGCGAACAGCGCGAGAAUGCGCGGCGGACUUUCCGAGGUCGCGGCGGGCAUCAUCGUGGUGAUGUCGUCGGACGCGCUAAGGGGCAAGGGCAGGACGAGCAAGUGCAACAGAAUCGGAGCAAGAAGAACGUCAACAAAGCCGCCAGAGGCAAUCAUAACCGCAAACGCGGCGCGCAGUUUAAGGCGUCACGUGGUAUGUUCUAAAACACAUUUGGCUAUCCUAGAUAUUUUUACAUGACUAAAUUAUUUGCUGCUAUUGUGAUGUCUCGGAAACAAAUUCAAACAACUAACAAAUGAUGACUCUUUACCUCAUCAUUAUUAACUUGUUGAUUACCAAAACAAAUAAAUUAUUUUCCAUUGUUUAAUAA